CUCCCCAGUUCCCCAAUUCCCACAAUAUCGCAUCCCGCCGGAUCCAAUGAUAACAACCACAUGCAUUCGUCUAGGCAGAGUCACUCACAUGGGACGAACUAGACAUGCGAUGGCUAGACCCUGGAUCCCAAAGCUGAACCCAACUGUCACCCUGGAGUCGUAAUUCAUUUAUUUUCUCUUUCUCUAUCUAGUAUACUACGUAAGUGCCUUUGGUGCCACCCAUAUAAGUAGCCACCAUCGUCAACUCUCUUCUGCCCCUAUUCCAGUAGACCAUCAUCACAACAAAGCACAACUUCACUCUUAUACACAGCUUGAGUUACUUCUCAGACUUUCUAGAGUCUCAAGCUCUCAACCACUUUACCCCUUUAAUUGACAACUCCGAUAAGUAACGUCAAGUCGGAUACCCCCCUAUCAAUCCAAAAUGGCAGAUAGUCACCAGGCCGAGAUCGAGGCCAUCCGGCCAUUCGGCAAGGCUCGAUCUACCGUUAAGGGUGAGCCUCUAUCCAAAGAGGAAAUCGAGCAGUAUACCGAUUUCUUCAAGGCCAGUUUAUACCUCAGUCUUGGUAUGAUCUAUCUUAAGGAGAACCCUCUCCUAAGAGAACCCCUAAAAGUUGAACACAUCAAAAAGCGGCAACUAGGUCACUUCGGAUCUGCUCCCGGUCAAAUCUUCACUUAUAUGCACUUCAACAGAUUGAUCAAGAAGUAUGAUCUUGAUGCCAUCUUCGUCUCCGGCCCGGGCCAUGGUGCUCCCGCUGUCAUAUCCCAGGCUUAUCUUGAGGGUACCUAUUCCGAAGUCUACCCUCAGAAGUCUGAGGAUCCGGAAGGCAUGCAAGUCUUCUUCAAGCAGUUCAGUUUCCCAGGAGGUGUCGGAUCACAUGCUACCCCCGAGACCCCGGGCAGUCUGCACGAAGGUGGAGAACUUGGUUAUUCCAUCUCGCAUGCCUUCGGUACCGUUUUCGACAACCCGAACCUAAUCACCGUCACCAUGGUCGGUGAUGGUGAGGCCGAGACUGGUCCAUUGGCUACGGCCUGGCACAGCACCAAGUUCUUGAACCCCAUCUGUGAUGGUGCAGUCCUUCCCGUCUUACAUCUUAAUGGUUACAAGAUCAACAACCCCACUGUCCUUGCUCGUAUCUCGCAUAAGGAACUUGAGCAGCUCUUCAUUGGUUAUGGCUGGCAGCCGUACUUUGUCGAGGGUGAAGACCUCGAGACCAUGCACCAGGCAAUGGCCGCCACUUUGGAACACUGUGUUCUAGAAAUUCGCAAGUAUCAAAAAGAGGCUCGUGAUUCUGGAAAGCCCUUCCGUCCACGGUGGCCCAUGAUCGUCCUUCGCACGCCGAAGGGUUGGACCGCCCCCCGCAAGGUCAAUGGCCACUACCUCGGAGGCUUUUGGCGUUCUCACCAAGUACCCAUCACUGGCACUACCACCAACCCCGCUGACCUCAAGACACUUGAGGAAUGGAUGCGUGGGUAUGAGCCCGAGCGCCUCUUCGGCACAGAAGGCAAGAUCUCGCCCGAAUUGAAGGCUCUUUGCCCCACGGGCAACAGACGUAUGAGCGCAAACCCAAUAGCCAAUGGUGGACUGGUUUCCGUACCUCUCAAGAUGCCAAACUUUAAGGAUUAUGAAAUCAAGGUAGAUCAGGCUGGCGCUACCGUCGAAGGCAGCAUGUCCAACUUCGCCAAGUUCCUACGUGAUAUCAUCAAGAAUAACCCGAACUCAUUCCGUCUUAUGGGCCCCGACGAGACCGAGUCUAACAAACUCGCCGCUGUCUAUGAGGCCGGUAAGAAAGUGUGGAUGGGUGAAUACUUUGAAGAAGAUGAAGACGGUGGCAAUCUUUCGCCCUUCGGAAGAGUCAUGGAGAUCUUGUCCGAGCACACCUGUGAGGGUUGGCUAGAAGGAUACAUCCUAAGCGGCAGGCACGGUAUGCUUAACAGCUACGAACCUUUCAUCCAUGUCAUUGACUCCAUGGUCAAUCAGCACUGCAAAUGGAUUGAGAAGUGUUUGGAAGUUGAGUGGCGUGCCAAGGUUCCCUCGCUUAACAUCCUCUUGACUGCAGUCGUCUGGAGACAAGACCACAACGGCUUUACGCACCAAGAUCCUGGCUUCCUCGAUGUUGUCUGCAACAAGAGUCCGGAAGUCGUCCGUAUCUACCUCCCGCCCGAUGGAAACUGUCUCCUUUCAGUCAUGGACCACUGUUUCCAGUCUCAGAACUACGUGAAUGUCGUUGUCGCAGACAAGCAGCCCCACAUCCAAUAUCUCACGAUGGCACAGGCUGUGGAGCACUGCACAAAGGGUAUCGGCAUCUGGCCCCAAUUCUCCACAGAUGCAGGUGAAGAACCCGACGUCAUCAUGGCUAGCUGCGGCGAUGUCUCCACUAGCGAAUCAUUAGCGGCUAUCGAUCUCCUUCUGCAGCACUUCCCCGAUCUAAAGAUCCGUUGCGUCAACGUCGUUGAUCUGUUCAAGCUGAUCCACCACACAGACCACCCUCACGGUCUUACCGAUAAGGACUGGGUCGCCCUAUUCACAGCUAACAAGCCCAUCAUCUUUAACUUCCACUCCUACCCAUGGCUCGUCCACCGCUUGACCUACAAGCGACCGGGUAACCAGAACAUCCACGUCAGAGGUUACAAGGAGAAGGGUAACAUCGACACACCACUGGAGCUCGCUAUCCGCAACCAGACAGAUCGAUUCAGUCUGGCCAUCGACGCCAUCGACCGCAUGCCACAACUAGGAAACCGUGGCGCUACCGCUCGGGAUGCGCUCAAGAGUCAGCAAGUCGCCGCUUCUGCCUACUCAUUCGAGCACGGCGUCGACCCCGAUUUCCUCAGCAACUGGUCGUGGCCUCAGGAGACUCUGAAAGACAGGGUAAAGAAGUUGACUCUCUCCAGCUAAAUUGUUGCAAUCAUGAUAAGUUAAUAGAUCGGGUCUGGGUAAUGUUGAAAAAGGGUGGUUUUGGGUUGCAUGAAUAGGUGGUGUUUUUCCGGCUUUGGUUUUUUGGGCGGGUGUUUUAUUACUUGAUACGAUAUGUGAAUCUCUUAGGAGCUAUAUAUACCUUAUUUUUUUCAAUAUUGAAAGAUAUUUACCUUGA